AUGGGAGCUGUGUCCCUAGAUGGGUAUUUUCAUCUUUGGAAAGCAGAACACAUGCUAUCAAAGUUACUUUCCACACAGUUGCCAUACUGCAGGGAGAAGGUGUGUUUGCUUAACGGUCAGGAGUGGUCAGUGUAUGCAGGAGGAUCACAGGCACAUGUCUUGUUUCUGGAUUGCAGGCAGCCUUCUCACAAUAUUAGAUCCAUCUGUUCCAAAGAAUGGGGCAGUGGUAUUCUGUGGGUGAGCUUCUACGAGCACAUCAUCACAGUGGAAAUGGGGCAAGGUUCCUUCCUGUUUUAUGGUAUCAGAGCCCAGAGGUUCCUGGGUGAAAAGCCCCCCAGUGCCUGCUAUGGACAGAAGCAGAAAUUAGGAAGAAGCAGAAUUUUGCAGCUGACUACUGGGAAAGGCUGGCUGAAUCCUGAUGGAACCUGGAGGAAUUAUUUUUCUGACCUAAAUUUCUUCCCAAAUGCUGUUCACACCCACUGCUACGACUUGUCUGGAACAAAACUCUUUGUGGCAGGAGGUUCCCUUCCAUCAGGACUUCAUGGGAAUUACGCUGGUCUCUGGAGCUAA